AUGAAUGAAGAUACUCCUAUAGAGAAUAAAGAAACAGCUUCCAAAAAGAAAAGAUAUAGAAAGGAUAAACCAUGGGAUACUGAUGAUAUUGAUCAUUGGAACGUUCCUAAAUUAACUCCUGAGGACAAUCCACAUGGACUUUUAGAAGAAAGUAGUUUUGCUGUGUUAUUUCCAAAAUAUCGUGAAAAGUAUUUGCGUGAUAUAUGGCCAGAUAUACGUAAUACUUUGAAAGCUCACCAUAUAAAAUGUGAAUUAGAUUUGGUAGAGGGGUCUAUUACUGUUAGAACUACUGGUAAAACUUGGGACCCAUUUAUUAUUAUACGCGCCAGAGAUAUGGUAAAACUUUUGUCAAGAAGCGUACCUUUUCAUCAAGCAGUAAGAAUUUUAGGGGAGGGGGAGGAUGAUAACAAUCUUGGAUGCGAUAUAAUAAAAAUUGGGCAUCGAAAUAAAGAGAAGAUGAUUAAAAGACGCCAGAGGUUAGUUGGGCCAAAUGGUUCUACAUUAAAGGCUAUAGAACUACUAACAAAUUGUUAUGUUUUGGUUCAAGGGCAAACGGUCAGUGUAAUUGGCUCAUAUAAGAGCUUAAAGCUCGUACGUAGAAUAGUGGAAGACUGUAUGAAUAACAUACACCCAGUUUACCAUAUUAAGGAACUUAUGAUAAAGAGAGAAUUAGAAAAAGAUGAAAGAUUAAAGGGAGAAAAUUGGGAUAGGUUUUUACCAAAAUUCAAAAGUAAAUGUGUUAAGAGAAAGGUAAAUAAACAAAUCAAAAAGAAAAAUAAAUCAAUAUUCCCACCUGAACCUACUCCAAGAAAAGAAGAUAUAUUACUUGAAACGGGCGAGUACUUUUAUACUGAAUUAGAAAGAAAAGCCAAGAAAAUGAAAGAAAGAAAAUGUGAUCAGAAAGAGAAAAAAGACAGUAAACAGAAAGAAAAAGAAAAAAUAUAUAUUCCUCCAGAUGAAAAAUUAGUUGUAAAAAAUGAAACUAAUCAAUCUAACGAAAUUAAUUAUAAGAUUUUUGGGCAGAAUCGCAAGAAAUAUCAACAUGAUUCGUCUUAUUUUGUUGUUUAG